GCUUAGAGUUCUUAACGUCAGGCCGAAAACCUAAUUGAGCUCUCUUGAAGGAGUUUGUGUCAUCGCUGUUUGCCCCAGCAAGUUUCUGCGGCGGAGCUCCGAGACUUUCAGCCAUGGUGGAACGCAAGGGAGAGCGCGUCAGGUUGUAUGUUCGGGGUACUAUCCUCGGCUACAAGAGGUCGAAGUCUAAUCAGUACCCUAGCACUUCCCUCCUUCAGAUCGAAGGUGUGAACACCUCCGAGGAAGUUAACUGGUACCUCGGAAAGAGGCUGGCUUACGUUUACAAAGCCAAGACCAAGAAGAACGGUUCUCAAUUCCGGGUUAUUUGGGGCAAGGUGGCGCGGGCACACGGUAGCAGUGGAGUCGUUCGUGCCCGCUUUAGGAGCAAUCUACCCCCUUCGUCCUUGGGUGGCAGAGUGAGAGUGUUCAUGUAUCCUAGCCGCAUUUAAACUGGAACCAUUGUACCGGACGAAGAUAUCACUUCUACCAGUUAGACUUGUGUUGGGUAUUAUAUGGUCAGGAUCUGUGGAGCAGUCAGUGAUGGCGUUGGGUGUUUACAUGUUAUCAGCAUUCCUUCUCGAGGAAAAGUAAAUUUUCAAAUUUGCAAUUGUCACUUCACGUGGUUCCACUUU